CGCACGGUGUUCCACUCGAGCCCAACCCAUCGUGUAUUCGUGUCCCUCCCCGUUCCGAAUUCGCGGACGCGCAAGGUCUCGGGGACAUGGAGGCGGCCGCCGACGAGGAGCAGGAGGGGCUGUCCGCGCAGGCACCGCCUUCCUCAGCAUCCUCCCUUCCCAAGGAGCAAUCGCAGGUGGAGCUGGAGCUGAGGCUGCUUCAGGCUCUCGAGUUCUACCCUCCGUCCAAACUGAAAGGCAUUCAUCGUCACUUUGUUCUCUAUGGCCUCAUGGAAUACUUGAGAAAAAGCCUUGACAGACAAUUCUCUGCCGAUGAAGUUCUGCAACUACUGGACCGCUUCUUCAACCUAGAAAUGCUGAAACCAGACGACGAUGAGAAGGACAGCUUCAGCCAAGCGGAAUUCUCCUUGCCAGACAAGUUUUUCAAGAAGGAAAAGAAGGAAGAAUGAGAGCUAGCUCUGUUCUUUUGGGCGAUUCCCCCUUGCAGGAUGUAGUUCUUGACCCUGAAAUCUCGUGCUGGAGUCUUUAGCGUUCAAUGACUUGUAUAUACAGCCUUUUGUUGGUGGCUCGGGAUUGCGCAUCCAAGUUUCAGUCAACCGUGUAUUUCUCUUCGAUUC